AUGCCAGGAAGACUUCUGGUUCCCAAACCUGACCUCAUUUUCCAGCUGGAGGAGGGGGAAGACCCAUUUGUGGAGGACUCGGAAGAAGAGAGAUCAACAGGCAAUGGGAAGAAGAAUGAGGAAGAUUGCGAGGAACAGCGAAAGAAAACGGAGGCAAAACAGCUGUGGAAGGAGACAUCCAGCAGGCCUGAAAGAGGAAGACCCCAAGGCCCCAAGGAAGAGUGUGGAAAGACCUUCAGGGACAACGGACACCGGAAAGGUCAUAAAAAAAUCCACACCGGGGAGAAGCCAUUUCGAUGCUUGGAGUGUGGAAACUGGUUCAGGCAGAGGAUAUAUCUUACCUUACAUCAAAGAGUCCACACAGGGGAGAAGCCCUAUAAAUGCUCAGAGUGUGGAAAGUGCUUUAGCCAGAGCUUAGGCCUUGCUUCUCAUCUUAAAGUCCACAGUGAGGACAAGCCAUAUACAUGCUCAGAGUGUGGAAAGAGCUUCAGUCGGAAGCCCUCCCUUUAUGCUCAUCAAAGCAUCCACACAGGAGAGAAACCCCACCAGUGUUUUCAGUGUGGAAAGCAAUUCAGACGCAAACGGGCCUUGACAAUACAUCAAAAGACCCACACCGGGGAGAAGUUGCAUCAAUGCAAGAGAUGUGGGAAAAGCUUCACCCGAAGCACAGCACUUCGAGUACAUCAAAGAAUACACACUGGAGAGAGACCAUAUCAAUGCUCAGAGUGUGGAAGGAGUUUCACUAGGAAAGUGGGUCUUACAUUUCAUCAAAGAAUCCACACGGGUGAGAAGCCAUGUCGAUGCGCAGAGUGUGGAAAGACCUUCAGGUACAGCACUGGCCUUAUUGCUCACCACAGGAUCCACACCGGGGAGAAGCCCUAUACAUGCUCAGAGUGUGGAAAGAGCUUCAGGGACAACGGACACCUGAAAGGUCAUAAAAAAAUCCACACCGGGGAGAAGCCAUUUCGAUGCUUGGAGUGUGGAAACUGGUUCAGGCAGAGGAUACAUCUUACCUUACAUCAAAGAGUCCACACAGGGGAGAAGCCCUAUAAAUGCUCAGAGUGUGGAAAGUGCUUUAGCCAGAGCAUAGGACUUGCUUCUCAUCUUAAAGUCCACAUUGAGGACAAGCCAUAUACAUGCUCAGAGUGUGGAAAGAGCUUCAGUCGGAAGCCCUCCCUUUAUGCUCAUCAAAGCAUCCACACAGGAGAGAAACCCCACCAGCCAUAUCAAUGCUCGGUGUGUCGAAAGGGCUUUAUUCGCAACACACACCUUAAAUCACAUCAAAGAAUCCACACGGGAGAGAAACCCUAUAAAUGCCUAGAGUGUGGGAAGAGCUUUAGUCACAGCUCACACCUCAAAAGACAUAAAGGAAUCCACACACGGGAGAAGCUGUAG